UGGCAUUGAUAGGUGGCACUGAUAGGUGACACUGAAAUGCAGUUCAGAUGGGCACUGAUAUGUGGCAUUGAUGUGCACUGGUAGGCACUAAUAUGUGUUAUUGAUGAGGCACUGAUGGGCACUGGCAGGUGGCAUUGAUGAGCACUGACAGCUGGCUAUGAUGGGCACUGACAGGUGGCACUGCUGGGGCUACACUUAUCAUCAGGGCACACUGAUCAUCACUGUCAGUGUGACAGUUUGUGAGGAGAGAAAUGCCGAUAACCGGCAU